GCUCAAUGAAACAAUAAUAAUGAUGUGCCAUUUUUCUUUUAUGUAGCCAAUGACUAAUACGUUUCGCUCACAAAAUUCCUAGUGAAAGAAGGAGAAGCUAGCACACUAGCAACUUGUACCGCUCUAUAAAAAUACCCAACUUCUCUUCAUUUUGAGCCACCAAAUUAAAUCAACCAUAUAUAUUUACUGUCCGGAGAUCGAUCGAUCGAGUAGCUGCUACUAUGGAGCAUUGUCCAUGGUCCUCAACAGCCAUCGCCGGCGCACUACUACUAGCAGCCACCAUUUGUUUCGGUGGCGCGUCGACCGGAAACGCUCAAGUUCCUGGUGAUCCGGUAUUCCCGCCGGUUGAAUGCUCCGACGGAAACGGAGGUCAACCGGCAGUAGCGCCUGGUGAAGCACCCAACUGGGCAUAUUACGUGGAGCAAGUUCUUACGGCACUGGAGACCACAGCUCCCAACAGUCAGGCGUUCUAUGCCCAAUUCUGGUACCCGGAGUACGCUACCGGCAAUCCACGCGGCGCCGCCGCCUGCAGCACGACCCUCGAGGUGGCAGACUGCGAGGCGUGUCUUGCCGGGGUGAAGAAGAACCUGGAGGCGUGCAAGAGUUACGCCAAAGGUAGAAGUGAGAAUGCUGACUGCUCCAUGACGUUCUUCCCAAUCGGCGCGUGAUUGAUCAUAGCCGGCCGGCGGCGGAAACUCACUGUGUGGACGGAUGUUGUGAGAUCGACUCAGACGUGACAAUUCGAAGAAUUACAACUUUGCAUAUCAUUUAAUGUCUUUUAUUUACAUAUAUAUUAUUAUGUGCUCCAUCUUAUGUUAUGAUGUUUCGGUUAUAAUUAUUAUAAGGGGUUAAUUGCAAGAUUACUAAAAAAUUAGUCACUAAAAAUAUUUAAUUCCAUUCAUGGUCACUAAAAUUAGUAAAACAUUUCAAGUUCGGUCACUCUCCGUCCAACUUCGUUAACUUUGCCUGAUGUGGCAGUCAACUCUUAAAGUUGACCGUUAAAUGUGUGACGUGGCACUUAAAAAAUAAUAAAAAAUUAAAAUUUUA